CACAGUUUCUUAUCGCAGCAAUGUGGAUUUCAUCUUAAAACCUUUGGUUUUUUGUUAUCAACAUGCACUGAGGCCGCUGUUAGCAUGACGACUCCUGACAGCAUGAACUCCAACGAGCCGACAGCCCAGAACCUGAAGCCCCGGGUGAUGGGCGUCAUCCUCAGCAUCGCCUCCUGCCUCAUCAUCUCCACCAACCUGCUGGUGGCCGCCGCUCUACUUAAGCUGCUACUCAAGAGGAGAAGCCAGAGCUGGUGCUUCGUUCUCAACCUGGCACUGGCCGACGCCCUGGUGGGCGUGGCCAUCACUGGCCUGGCCACGGAGGACUUCAACAGCAUCAACGUCACUCAGAACCAGCAACGCCACGUCGCCGCUUAUGCUGCGACAAACGCUACGCCUCCCGCUCAGGGCAAGAUGCGCUGUUUGAUGGUGAUGGCCUUCGUGAUGUCGCCCUGCACGGCGUCCAUCAUGUCCAUGUUCCUGAUCUCACUCGACCGCUACGCAGCCAUCAAGAUGCCCCUGCGGUACUCCCAGCUGUCUGGGAAGGGGACGGCAGUCUGGUCGCUGCUGGCUUUGUGGAUCAGCUCUCUCACGAUGGGAUUCUUGCCAGUCAUGGUGCGGCAGCUGCAGGCAGACGGAUACAACGGCUUCUGCGCCCUUUUCUCCGUCAUCCACCAGGUGGGCAUGAUCGCGUUAUUCAGCGUGUGCUUCUUCCCCGUGCUCUGCGUCUUCGUUUACAUCUACCUGGACAUCCUGAAGAUCGCCUGCAUCCACCAGAAGCAGAUCUGCCAAGUGAGGCAGGCCGGUUCCAGGACGGCUGACCGCCAUCAACAUUACGAGCAUCAUCACCAGCUGAGGAGCCAUUACUGGAGCCACGUCAAGGCCCUGAGGACGGUGGGCAUGCUCGUGGGCUGCUUCUUGGUCCUCUGGUGCCCGUUCUUUGUGGCGUGCAUAGUUCACCUCCUGUGCGAAAGCUGCAAACUCAUCGUCGUGUUGGAGAAUUACCUGUGGCUGUUGGGACUGUCCAACUCGCUGAUCAACCCUCUGGUGUACGCCUGCUGGCAGAGGGAGGUGCGGCUGCAGUUGGCAGCCAUGUUUUCCUGCUUCACAGGCGGCUCGUCGGCUGCUGGACCGCCAGGCGUCACAGGAAGGUGUGACCCGCCGCCACCUGUGCUGACUCAAGCUGGUGUUUCUGGUGGUGGUGGUGGUGGAGGAGAUGCCCUUAACCCGUCGCUGCUGCGGCUGAUUAUCGGCAACGACAAGGCUCACACUGUGCCGCUAUCGGCCACAACAGGCUUGUGAAAGAAACCGGAGAAACAGUGGCAACAAAAAAAAUAUAUAAGUAUUACUUUCCAUAAUAAAUUUGCGAUGGUACACUUGUUAUAAUUCUACACCAUCAGCCCGACUGGCCCUUUUCACAGCUGACAUUGGACAGUAAUUGCAGGGUAAACACAAGUGUAAUUGAUAAACUAAUUGUGGUCUUUCCAAUGAGGCAGCAUGCACUAUACCAGGACCAUAAUUAGUGUUAUUAACUACACCUGUGUCUACCCUGUAAUUUAAUGUUGAAAUGGUUGCUGUGAAAAUGGCAGAUUGACCCA